AUGGACUCGAUAACAAGCUAUUUCCCAGGAGCAAUAUCGGCUUUUCUUGCAAAGGAGGGAAGUGAUGCUACGGUUGGCGGUAAAGAGCGGAAGCGAAAGAAGGAAACCGAAUCAAGAAAUGAUGAGUCGGUGGUAUUCUCCAAGAAGUGUGUUACUAAAACCCGUCGUUUUGAAUUGCCUGUUGCUGAAAAGAAGUUGCAGCCAAAGUCAGCAGGACCCAGUGGAACUGAUUACUUGACGUCGGAAAGUCUACUUCAGGAGCCAAAUUUUCGAAGUCGGUAUAGUAGUCUAUGUUCCGACACAUUUACAACGAUAAAAGCGCGGAACAAAAUUUUAUCCACAUUUUUAAGUGAGACGGAAAUGAAAAAAAGAGAAGCAACAUCGGAAGAAAAAACUCGGACAGUAUUUGUUGGAAAUGCACCAUUGUCAAGCUCUAGGAAAGGAAUCAAAAAACUAUUCUCGCAGUUCGGUGCUGUUGAGAGUGUGCGGCUGCACUGUUUUAUUGCUGCCAAUGAGAAAAUUACAAAAAAGCGCGAUAUUCCAAGUGGUGUGCGAUCGCUGACUUUUUAUGUCAAAUUUAAAAAUGCGAAGUCGAAAGAAGCGGCCCUAGCGUUGAAUGGCGAGAAGUAUGACGGAAAUUUGUUAAGAGUGGAUAGUUGUUGCGCAAAAAGAAAGUACAAUUGCCGAACAACAGUUUUUGUCGGUAAUCUACCUUAUGAUGUAUCCGAAAACGAGCUUAUCGCACAUUUUGAAAUGUCUGGAAAUGUUUCUUUCGUGAGAAUAGUUCGAGAUUCGAGGACUGGUAAUAGUAAAGGUUUUGCUUUUGUGGCAUUCAAAGAUAGUGCAGCCGUGCCACUUGCACUACAGCUUGAUGGAUCCAUCUUCAAAAGGCGUCCGUUACGUACCAAGAGAGUGCAGAAGAAAAACAAGGUAAAGAGCCAAACUUAUCAGCGUUCACUGAGAACUGUUACGAAACAACUCACUGGUCAGAUGCAGUUUGAUAGGAGUGUAAAGAGCGUAUCAAACAAGAACCUUCGCAAAUGUGGUAAAAGAGGAGUUAAAAACAGUAUCAUGACUUAA